CGUCUGUCCUUCCCGUGUGGUUGUCUCUCGUUCUCUUAUUGCUGCGAGGUUUUCCGUGCAGGCGAGCCUGUAAAGCCGGGCUCAGAUCAAGCCUUGUUUUCACGGCGAAGCUAUAGCAGUAGGAAAGGAUUUGAAAAUGUUAGCGUGCAUAUUAAUAGGAUACACAUUAGGAAGAUGUUCAGGUUCCCUGCGUCUUGAUGACCCUUCUUGCUGGUGUUGGGAUUUAUGCUAUGACCGAUUACAGGAGAGACUGGGCAGCGGUUCUUUCUUAAUACGCAGCAGCACCGGUUGCUCUGGGGCUGGUGUUGAAACGCGCACGGUGUAUGCUGCGUGCGUACCCGUGGUGCGGAAUUUGCAUCCUUGCCGAGUCGUUUCCUACAUGAAAGCCAUUGACAAGUUGCCUGGUGCAGCGGGUUGCUGCAGCAAAAUCAGCUAUAUAGCAAUAACAUACAUACUGUCUUACUGCAGGAAACUGCAACCUGCUUCAGCAAAUGUCUUCUUCAGUGUCUUCCACUACGCUGCCUUGCAGAAGCUGAUACAUCACAUAUACUACAAAAAUACUGGAAAGUGCAGAUUGCACAGCAGUUUAUCUAUGUAGCUGUUUUAAGAGCUGUUAGUUUGCUGAUUCUUUUCUUUCAAAGGCCGUUUCAGAGAUGUUUGCAAAUGCAGUUUUAAGCUCUCAUAUUAUGACCCCAAAAAAUCGCAUGGUGAAAAGAUAUCCAGCAUAUAUUUUGCGAUAUCAAUUUGCCUGUAUAAUUGUAAAAGAAUAUGAUUAAUUGGUGACAAAAUUCAUACCCUUUCUAUGUAUCUUCAAUGCAAACGCAUACAUGAGAGAAACAUUUCAGAAACUUCAUAGGAAUAAUGAAGAUCUCUCUGUAAACAUUGGAAUAACAUUGAAAUGUUACUGCUUUGUACGUCUGCCCUAAAACUAUGUAUAUACUAUAUAUAAAAACAUACAUGCAAAGUUAAGUUAAACUAAAAAAUACAUGUGCUGGAAGGACAGAGACAGAGCAAAAUGUAUCUAUUUGUGGUACCUUGAAUAAGAACAGGGAAAAUGAUCUUUAUAACAGUGAGGUGUAUGUAUCACUGAACUAACUACAUUAUAACUUCUUUCUUGACCUGUAGUGUUAGGGAAAUCCCUUUUCUUUGGAAGAUUCUCUUGUUAUCAGGUAGGGUGGCUAGUUAAAGAAAGAAAGUAAAUGUUAGCUUUUAUGUCUAUGAUUUUUUUAUUCCAGGAAUUUUGUAUCAUGUCCUAAUAUAUAUCAGCAUAUUGAGAGAGAAUAGUGUGUCAUAUUGCUUUGUAAAUGGAAAGUUGAUAUACUGCAGCAUAUGAUAAAAUGCUUUCCUUCACUGCCUAGAAAGUGACAAAUGCUAUCAGGUUGCGUUGCAUCGUGUGAUGCAAUAUUGAAAUGUUGCCUAAUACCGCAGUACACUGCAGUAGUAUGGUUUUAAUGCAGAUUACCUGGAGGUUAUUGAAAUGGUCCGUGUUACCUCACUGUAACAUAAGGCAAAUCAGUGCAAUCUUCACAGCAACCCACUUCCCUGCUGCAGUGCUUCACUGCAGUAUAUUGUAGUAACAAGAAACUUUUCAAUACCUUUCACGACACACAGAUCUAUUGUUUCAUCAUGGGAGAGUCUAGGAAAUGUGUCCUAAGAGUGAUGGCACAGUCUGUUGGGAAUCGGCCGGCAGCACAGUUCUUCGCACGCUGUUCUUGGAUAACAGCGCAUAGAAAACAGUCGACUGAUGAGAGAUCUCUAAUAUUUGCUUGUUAGAAAGGAAAAUCUGUAAACUUUAAACUACGACUUACAGUGAGGAUCAUAUUUUGUCAAUGGGCUAUGAUAGAUUUCAUGAUAACUCCUUGGUUGUUUUUUCCAAAUGCAAGACGGAAUGCGGUUUAGCGUGAGAAAUGCUGACAUGCACAAUUUGUCAAAGAGCCACUGCUCUGGACUUCUGAGUCCCAGUCAGCAGUCUCCUUUACAUCAAGCUGCUGCUAUGCAUUUCACCGUAUUCAUUAGUACUCCAUGUUUGCCAGGUAUUGUGCUUUUCGAUAUUGUGUGGUUAGAAUAUUACUUCCAUGGUGAAAAAAGUUGUUGAAGUUACUUCACAUUAAAAACAAUCAAAUAAUACGUGGGUAGAUUUUCCAAAUAAUGAGAAAUGAGAAGAAGUUUUAUAUGUAUAGCAUAUUUCAUAUAAGCUUCUUGACAGAAUGUUUUUCAGGGAACUUAAUAAUGAUAAAGAGAGACGAGAAAAGGAAUGAAGAGAUAAGGUUAAAACUGUUGGCUCUCAGCUGCAAUUUGACCUCAGAAGGAAAAUCCAGGAGGCGGAGAGAUAUAGGAAGCUAUUUCAGAGAACAGGAAGUACAAGAAGACUUGCAGAGGGAUGAGGGCAGCAGCCCUCCGGCAGGAAAGCGAGUCAGCAUGGCCUAAAAUAUUCUUUCACCCACUCUCUCACGAUAUCCUGUUACCAGCUUAGCAGUGUUGCCUCAUGGGCUGAAGGCAGAGAUACUUCUUCCCUUGUCUUUGCCCUGUAGUGUCUGUAUGACAAGAAAACCAUUUAACAAUGAAAAAAUUCACUCUCUUUGAUUUUGUAAAUGAUAAUUCACUGCAAAUUGGAGAGACUUCAUGGAUACAGGAUCUUCCCAGUGAUGGCAAUGAACUAGAAAGACUCCUGAAACGAAAUGAGCAUGUCCUAGUAAACUGGCCUGUGGGAGAAAGAAAGACAGAAAAGCACCUAGUGAAAGUUGUGUACAUGAGUGAUGACCCCCAAGAGCUGGUAGAAAUGAUGCAAAAGAUAUUGCAGGCAGAUGAAAUUGCAAAAAUACAAGUCCUUGGAAAAGGCAAGAGAAAGAGGAUAGAAAUGAUAUUCUCAGAAAGUGAAGACAGUGACCUGGAUAAAGAACAGGGGAAAAUGAUGAAGAGUAUAAAAAGGAAGAAAUCAUUACAGGCAUCCACCCCUGCCAACAUCCUGAGUCAACUUGAAACAUCUUUAAUUAACAAACAGAGAGAACCAUACUCAGGAAACAACUGUUUGUACAGUGAAAGUAGCAGUGAUGAUGAAGAGCCUUUAUUUCAACUAUCCAAGGUGGAACUAUGCGCCAAAAUAAAAAGUCUGAAGAGGAAACUAUCAGACACUAUGAGAGAAAACUGCCGCCUGAGGCAGUCCCUGGUGAUGCUUCAAGUGUUGCCGCAGGCAGUCACCCAUUUUGAGGAACUGGUAGGGAUGGCUGAAGCACUGCUCAAAGGGGGCGUGACAACAUCUGCAUCCAGCCUUCAUUCACAUGCUGUUUGGAAAGCGUCUAACAAUUCUUUAGCAGAUUCCUAUGCAACUACGCAUAGUAACUCCAACUCACCCAUAACUUUGAAUGUGGAAGAUGAGGAGCAACAGAUUGAAAAACAGUUCAAGAUCGAAAAGUGGCAGAUUGCACUUUGUAACAAGAGCAAACCUCAAAAGUUUAUAAAUGACUUGAUGCAAGCACUUUAUACACAUGAAUACAUGGCUACGCACAGCCUGACAGGUGCAAAGUCCUCCUCUUCAAAGGAUAAAGCAGCAAAACCAGCUAUGAAUCAGAAUGAAGUUCAGGAAAUCAUAGGAAUCACAAAGCAGUUGUUUCCAAACACAGAUGAUGCUUUAAUUAGGAGAAUGAUGGGACAAAAACUAAACAAUUGCACCAAGAAGCCGAUUUUAAGCAAAGAUCUUAACUCAGGUGCUUUUCAGAAGCAUGGCUUUUGUGGUCCAACAGCUGCUCCUCAGGGCGUCAUGCCUUCGGCUCUUCCUCCCAGCACACAAGACCAGCAGGAUUAUGAUUCACCAGCUGCUGCUACUGGACAAAUUCAGCAAAGCCACAGCUGUUCGACUCCCUCACCUCCCAUCACCCGAGGGCCGCAGGAGUGUUUCAGCCCUACUUCUUCCAGCAUAGAGUCUCAUCCCUUGAGAAGUUCACCAGCACCCUCUCCCAACCAGGGCUGCAGACAGGAUCACAGGAAUUCAGACAAGGAAUAACAGAGAGUAUUUCAUAGCCGUUCAAGCUCCCUGUGGAGAUUAAGGAAUAGUAUAAAGUUAAUUCAAUAGAAGUAAUAUUUAAUGGGCCUAGCAUCAGUGGACAAAGAUAGUGCAAGCAGAAUAGAAGCCUAGGAACCAUUUUCUCAAACUUAUGAAAAUCCCACAGCAUAGAAAAAAAUGAAGGCAUAUUAAUUUCUUUGGCUUUAAGAUAUUACUAAAUAUGUGCAUGUUAUGCUGUAAUUCAAAAAAUAUAAACUUGUUCCUUAGAACACAAGAAGAGUUCCCCUUAGUUUGACAAACAGCACAUUAUUUACAGUAAUACCAAAAUAAAGAAUAAGAGGAAAUUUAAUCCCUUUGCAUUCACCUUGGUAGCUGAUGGAAAACCACUUUACAGAUCACAGAAAGUUAUUCCAUAUUACUACAAAAAAGAUACAGAGGUAUGAAAAUAGGGCAGAAAACUUUCCAAGAGAAAUGAAAAAAGCUGUGACCAGCACAGGGUUAGAAAUCAAGGAACCACAUGAGCAGAGAAGGAAUAAAACAGGUAUUUAAUGAUCCUGUUAAACCAGGAAGAAGAAAAUACUUUCAGGGCAAUGAAAGUGCAGCUCCCAAGAUGUUUCUUUCCCAAGAAAGAAACACCUCAUUUUUAAGCCCUAAAAGUUGAAAAGUCAAUGAAAGAAGCCAUGUUCUCUCUUAGCUUAGGGAAAGGUGCUUCAGAAUAGCCUGUUUAGUUGGGGAGGCCAUGGCUUCUCUCACUGGCCUUUUGCUGCCGGUACUCCGGUUUAUCUCUUCCUUCCUGAACAUCAGCUCCACACCUGAGAGUGUCUGGUCCCUUCAGUCGCGAAAUGGAGGACAGUCUUUAGGAAGCGACUAGAAAAGGACAAAGAUGCCAGCUCCUACUCCCUAUGUCUAGGUUUUGGAAUGCUACUUUUUGGUUAGGGAGUGGGUGGGUAGGUAGGGUGGUCCUAAUGGGGUUGGUACCAGAAACCCCUCAGCAACAUGCCAGUUCCUUUGGAGACCUGACAGCACUUGUCUCAGUCGGGCAACUGGCACAUCCUAUAACUGCCUGGAACGAAGAGGACAGGUACCUUUUUC